AUGGAUGAGCACGACAUCUAUGCGGAGGAUAAUGCCUUGAUACAUACGCUACCUUACGAGACUAUGAGAGAUUUGAGCAGGAUAUUAGAUGCAGGGGAAACUUGGAUAGAAUUAGCUACCAGAAUGCCCGACAUCUCUACUCAAGAUGUCGAAGGUUGUCGUCAGUUUGGUGCUUCUCAGAAGGGAAGUCCAUCGGAGUAUUUGUUGAGAGUAUGGGCCAGCAAAGGAUACUCAAUUUUGAGCCUGUACAAUCUUUUUGCAUUGACUAGGAUGGUUCGUUGUAUGAGGAUCAUACGAGAUCAAGUUUCUGAUGCUCAUCACUAUCUUGAAGAUUAUGCGCUGACAGCAGAUAGUGGUUUGGAGCCGUCGUCAACUCAGAACUAUCAGCAAUACACCAGAGGUCAACAUGUAAGUGUCAACUAAUC